ACACGUCACCCGCAGGUAACAAUCUCCUCUUGCAAAUUCGCCGCUGUUUCAUUCUCUUUCCACCUUCAAUUUUGCCUCUUCUUUCCCUCUCUGAUACCUCUAUAAAUACACACAUAAGAGACCCAUUUCAUCUUCAGAUUCUAAAGAAUCAGAUUUGAGCUCUUCUUCCAGAGGCCUUGACCAAGAAAUGGUUUCUAUUAAUGUCCCUUCCUGCCCCUCAACAACUGCUAGAACAGCUCUCCCUUGUACCCAGGCAUGGAGAAACUUCAAAUUGUUCAAUGGAUUACAUGGAGUGAAUUCAUUUUCUGCAAAUGGGAGCACAUUGAACUCCACUUUCAUCAGCAUUGAUGGUAGUAAAUCCCCUUUCAGUACAAAGGCUAUUGGCAAAAUUCAAGCAGCAGUAGUAUCUGAUGAAGGUGACCUACUGUCCUAUACCAAUGGCAAUAUUGCUGCAGAAAAGAGGACUUUCAUUGAUAACAAACCAGUUGAAAUUAAAUUACAGCCUGACGCAAUAGCAUUUGGAACUCUUGGGGCAGAUACUGGUCCUGUCCCCCAUGGUUUUCCCAUCCAUAAUGAUGAGUUUGAUUUGGAUCGCCCCACAGAAGGUUUUUCCUCCAUCCCUGAGGCCAUUGAAGAUAUUCGUCAAGGAAAGAUGGUAGUGGUUGUAGAUGACGAAGACAGAGAAAAUGAAGGGGAUGUUAUCAUGGCAGCAGAGUUGGCAACACCUGAAGCUAUGGCUUUUAUUGUGAAGCAUGGUACUGGAAUAGUUUGUGUAAGCAUGGCCGGGGAAUAUCUUGACAGGUUGCAGCUCCCUUUGAUGGUCACCCAAAAUGAAAAUGAUGAAAAACUUCGUACUGCAUUCACAGUGACAGUGGAUGCAAAACAUGGUACAACCACAGGGGUUUCAGCUUGUGACAGGGCAACAACAGUGUUAGCUCUUGCAUCCAGGGAUUCAAAACCUGAAGACUUCAAUCGGCCAGGCCAUAUUUUCCCAUUGAGGUACAGAGAUGGUGGUGUUUUGAAAAGAGCUGGACAUACAGAAGCGUCUGUUGAUCUUGCUGUUCUAGCUGGAUUGGACCCUGUUGCAGCUCUGUGCGAGAUUGUGGAUGAUGAUGGCUCCAUGGCUAGAUUGCCAAAGCUUCGUCAAUUUGCACAGCAGGAGAAUUUAAAAAUUAUAUCUAUUGCUGAUUUAAUCAGGUAUAGGAGGAAGAGAGAGAAAUUAGUUGAUCGUUCUUCUGCUGCUCGGAUACCAACAAUGUGGGGUCCAUUUACAGCCUACUGUUAUAGAUCAAUAUUAGAUGGCAUUGAACAUAUUGCAAUGGUUAAGGGUGAGAUUGGAGAUGGGCAGGAUAUUCUUGUGAGGGUACAUUCAGAGUGCCUCACAGGAGACAUAUUUGGUUCUGCCAGAUGCGACUGUGGGAACCAGCUGGCACUUGCAAUGCAGCAGAUUGAGGCUGCUGGCAGGGGUGUGCUGAUCUACCUCCGUGGGCAUGAAGGAAGGGGCAUUGGUUUGGGUCACAAGCUUCGUGCUUACAACCUACAGGAUGCUGGGCGUGAUACGGUGGAAGCAAAUGAGGAGCUGGGACUGCCCGUCGAUUCACGAGAAUAUGGCAUUGGUGCCCAGAUGUUGCAGGAUCUGGGCGUCCGAACGAUGAAGUUGAUGACAAACAACCCUGCAAAGUACAUUGGGCUCAAGGGUUAUGGUUUGACAGUUGUAGGUAGGGUUCCUCUACUAACCACCAUCACAAAGGAAAACAAGAGGUAUCUAGAGGCAAAACGUGCUAAAAUGGGUCAUAUCUAUGGCGUAGAAUUCAAUGGCCAUUUGAGCAAUCCUCUCAGUGGCAAUGGUAAACCUAGCAUUGAGACUGCUGCAGAUGCUACUUCUAACUGAUAAGCAAGCUGUGCUGGCUUUAGGCACCCAUUGUUCACAUAUAUGAUUUAAGCUCUUUGACAUUACAGAAUGGCAAAAUCAUCAAUUGGAUUGUUUGUGGGGAAGAAUUCAAUUUCUUUAAUCUCAUACUCUAGUGAAAAAAAUAUGAUUAUACUAGCUCAGCCAAAAACAAGUUCUCCUGAAAGAUUUGUUGGAGUGCGCUGCACUGAAGAGCCAUUCAAUUCAUUUUCUUCUUAAAGGUGUAAACUAGACAUGGAAGAUCCCAUUUAUGCAAUCCUUUAUUGUUGAUUUCCUA